AUGGAUACAGCAGAUUCACCAGCCAGUCCUGUCUCAUCUGAUUUUGAAAGUAAGAAGAACUCCAGUGAUUCAUCUUAUGAACCAUCAUCCGAAGAGAGUUCUUCAUCUGACUCCGAUGAUGAUGAGCCAGAUGAGCUUAGGUUCUGCAAGGAUAGAAAAUUUGUUGUAUUUGAGUCUCAGCUGAACACCCUUCUGUAUAGUAUGCAUUGCAAUGCUUGUGCUACUGGAUACAUUGCAGAGUUGAAGAAGCAAUGUGAGGUGACAAUGCUGAAGGUAGAUGUUAUAUGUAUCUGUGGUAAUAUUGUUACCAAGUGGGUGUCUCAACCCACUAUCGGACGUCAACCUGUUGGAAAUAUCCUAUUUUCAGCAGCUCUUCUCUUGAGUGGCAGCUCCUAUGAAAAAGUGUCAUUUUUCUGGGAGCUCUUUAAUAUCCAGUACAUUUCACAAAAAACGCACAAUGAAACCCAGAGCAACAUACUACAGCCAGUCAUCAAUACGUAUUAUGAACAAGAGAUAGAAGAACAACAGCAACAAGCUAGAGGGGAGCCAGUGACGGUAAUUGGUGAUAGAAGGUGUGAUUCACCUGGCUAUAGUGCCAAAUUUUGUACAUAUACAAUGAUGAACAUGAAAACCAACAAGAUUUUGGGGAUGGCCUUGGUUUCAGUGAAAGAAGCAACAAGCUCCGUUGGAAUGGAGAAAAUUGGAUGCAGGAGAGUUAUGGAUAACUUACUAGAGAAUGGGAUUGAUGUCACGGUGUUUGCUACAGACAGGCAUGUGGGCAUUCGCAAAAUGAUGAAGGAUGACUUUCCAUGGAUCGACCAUCAAUUCGAUGUUUGGCAUCUUGGGAAAUCAUUCCUGAAGAGGUUAUUGGCCAAGGCAAAGCUGAAGGACUGCGAAGAUCUUGGGCCUUGGAUCAGAGCAACGUCAAACCAUCUUUGGUGGUCAACACAAAACUGUGAGGAAGACCCAGUUAUGUUGGUGGAGAUGUUCCAGUCCAUGACCCAUCAUGUAUGCGAUAUACAUUCUUGGAUUUCAGGUGAUAAGUUCCACAAGUGCGCUCAUGAGGAAUUGUCUGUCGAAGAUGAAGAGGAGACAAAGUGGUUGACACCUGGGUCAAAAUCACAUGAAUCUCUCAAAUUGGAAGUGUUCCAUAGCCUCUACCUGAAGUAUUGUCCAAAGAGACAGCGUUUCUUCUAUCCCGCCAUGCUAGCUCGCACCCAGUUGGCGGUACUAGACCACAACUUCAACACUGGUAGGAAACAAGCAACAAUAAAAAAGCCAAGAAAAGGGUCCGGCCAGAAAGAUGCUCUCCGGUACAAGUAUGCCUACUCCAAAGCAACGAGAACUUGGAUCGUACGAAAAAGUUCCAGAGGAUAAGGAAUACACCUACUU